AAUUCUACUUCUUUGGAUUUUUCUUUGUCAAGGUUGGUAAGUUGUUUUCCUUUCUAUCUGGCUUUGGCUUUGGCUUUUGACUUCAUAACGAUGUUUUUAGUUGAGAUUCCUCCUGAUUGCAGUUUUGAAGUUUUUUUACAAAAGUUUUUUUCUCCUCUCCGAUUUCUCCCGAUUGCAAUUUUGAAGUACGAAGCAAAAGUAAAAAAAAAUCAUUUCAUUGUAGAAUAUUUUUAUUAUCACUUAAUUGGUACCCAGAGGAGGACCCAUUUAUAUGUCAAAAGCAUAAAACUGAAUUUGGGGAGAGGAUGAAAAGGAGCUGCUCAUCUGAUUCCCUUGAACCGAGUAUGCUAUUGUCUUUCUCUUAGUCAUCAGCCUUCUUCUCCGAUCUUCAACCUCCGUCUACCUUUCUUCGGCAGUUUCUUCAUCUUUUUUCUGCUUGAGUUAUGCGUUUAUGUACUUUGGUUAUCAGACUACAUUUGGAUGCACAAAUGGAUUUUACAAUGUAAAGAUGAUGAUUAUGGCUACUCGAUAGCAACCACAUGGCAACCAACAUUAUGCAGUCCCUCGGCAAGACAUUUUGCAAACUCUCGACACUCAUUCACAACAACUAUUUAUGGUUUGAACGUGAAUCAUUAACAAGCCAUCAAGAGUUAUACACAUGUAAGAUUCUUAAAUUCGUGUAUUGAUUUCUAUUCUUAACUCCACUACUUGACUCUCAUAUCGUUUUUGAGAUUUUAAUUAUCCACUGUUGAAACGAAAAUUGGAAUAAACCAUUCUCACUCCACCUUAUGUCGAUUAGCCUUUUUAUAGGACUACUAUAAAUCCUAUCACACCACCCACAAACACGGAUUCAUCCUUGCAGCUUGAUUCAAAUAAACAAAAACUUUAUAUUUUUAGAAAAUGUCUGACGUUGAUGUUGUUGCCAUUCUUCCUGAGGUAAACUAUGUUAGCUUUGACGGCUUAAGUCUUGGUCGUUCCUCUCAACAAGUUGUUGGCCGUCUCCUUCGUUUUUGGGAUAGCAAUCGUGUGGGAUCAUCACUAGAGCAGUUGAUUCUUUAUAACGAACGUGGCGUGAUUCAUCAGAUGUGCUGGAAAAUGGGUAUUCAAUCGGAAAGUUCAGGGCGCGGAGAGCAAAGGCGUCUUUCAAUAUUCACAAGCAGGCACAAAAAUGGGAAGAAGAAAGAAGCCAAUGAGAAACCGAACAAAGAAAAGCUCAAAUGUGUGUCAUUUCCGACAGGGGCAGAUGCUAUUCUACAGGACGGAGACACUGCUGCCACAUCAUUUAACAAGUACUCCGGGCACUCGGGUAAACAAGGACAGUGGAAAGAUGAUUUUUUCGAGAUUAGCACUGAAGAGAUUCUAGAAAAGGUGGCGUCUUUGAGUUUUAGACUUAAGAAGGACAAAGCUCUUAAGAAGAUCGCGAAGCUGCGGUCAAAGCUUCCCAUCACUUCCUUUAGAGACGCAAUUACAAGUCUUCUACUACCAUAGAAGGACCCACAUUCGUUAAAUUUGAAAAUUUUGCCAGCCAAAAAAUUGGAAACUCACUUAGUUUUACGCCCACACCACGAACCGAAAU